AUGGUACCCGCGCCUAUCUCUAAUCCGGUAUUAAAUAAAUGGGCAAAAGUUUUGUCCAUAAGUAGACCUCAGUGAGAUUGAAAUCGUGGAAGAG